CGUGGAGCGGAACUCAAAUUGUUUACAUGAUGGCGGACUUGGAUUUGGCUUGCUGAGACUGUACUGCGAGUGUAAAAUAAUUUAUUUUAGAUAUAUACAUUACCACGGAAAUGUCUUCUAAUGGUUCACUAAGUCUUCCUGAUGCUCCUCCAGACUCGCCUGGGAGCUCAGUGUCCACCCGACUCAUGGAGGAGUAUGAGGAAUUGCUGAAGUAUGCCGUUGUUGUCCCGAGCUAUGACCCUAACAAGCUACCCCACACCUUGGUUGACCAUCGUGAUUCAUUCCCACAGCCUGAGACUCUGGUCACUGUAUCCAGGCAACCGAAAGUGCUUACAUCAGAGGCUGAGCGGGGUGAGGACGCAGGAUCUGAUGCAGAAUCUGAAGCAAGUUUGGUUGUCAAAGUGACGAGGGAAACAGGUCUCCCAGAUUUUGGCCAGAGUCCCAUACAACGUAAACUUGACCUCCGGGACAGCGAUUCUGCCCAUACACAGGAGGAUGAGCCAGAAAGAGUUCCCGGUCGUCUCUUUAUGGCAUCUUCCAAGAAUGUGAUGCGAGAAAUAAAUACGUCAGGAGCGGAGGAGUUAAACAUAUACACCUCGUCCGUGGACCCCGAUGUCAACAAGAUGGAGAACCUUCUAGACCAGUGGUGCCUAGAUCUGAAAAGGAAUGUCCUGGCAGAAUACGGGCAGUCCAAGAUACGUAUAGUAGAACUGGGGCGACAACAGCUACUGCGGGCACAGGAGAAGCAUGCGAGCGAGAUGACGGCCCUACAGAACGAGGUUGAGAGUAUGAAGGAACUGUUACACACGUAUGAACAGUCGAUAUCCAGGAAGGACCAGGUCAUAUCGAACAUGACGCACGCCCUUCAGAAACAGCGGGAACGCCACGAUCUCCUGAAAAAGUUCAGCGACUGGAAAAUUAAACAUAACGACCUGAAACGUGAGAAAUUUGCGGGUCAGUUGGCAGCCAAGCACCAUGAACGGAAGCUUACACGGACUGUGUGGGACGCAUGGCACUCGGUGAUCGAGUCGAAGUGGCGUAAUCGUGUCGAACGGGCCUGUCAGGGCAAGGCACAGGAAGUGUGUAUGUCUCUAACUAACAAUUAUGAGGCUAAGAUAGCAUCGCUGAAUGAAGCGCUGGAGGCGUCCAGGAUGGAGGUGUCCAAACUACACACUGAAAGAGAUAACUAUGAGGAAGGCAUGAAAAAGGCGUUCAUGCGUGGCGUGUGUGCACUCAACCUUGAGGCUAUGACUAUGUUUCAGUCAGGAGAGGGUCCUCCCCCAGGUGCAGAGGACCGAGCAUAUUCAGAUAACCUUGAGUCCAGCAUCCCUGAGAAGGACAUGAGUGCCCCAAAAACCAUUCCCCAGGAGGCCGUAUUCCAGUCUCAGCCUCGAACCCAACAACCUCCUGCCAAGGUCAUCACAAACCAGGCCUCAAGGUCAUCCACUCUCUCGAGUAUGGCACAAUCUAAACAAGCAGCCAGUAGUAAAGCGUCCAGUGCACACAAAGGGAAGGUAAUUUCUGCCCGACUGUCAGCUAAAGUAGACUCCGGUCGCUCCGGUCUCGGAGGACCUUCAGGAGGAACAACAGUGGCGCCCCCUAUGAGCUCGGUCAUCGUAGAAAGGCAUCAGUCCGUUAACAAGCAAACUAUUGGUCAGGCUACUGCUUCUCGCCACCCUGCGAAAUCCCCGAUGACUUUAUCUGAUUAUCAACAAAGCGGUAUUCUACAUCGACGAAUCGCAGGCCAGACAGGAAGUCUGUCCGUCUCACCUCAUAUACAGACUGUCAAGGUCGUGGACUAGGGUCAAGGUCACAAACCAAUGUCAAGGUCAUACUUCCUGAAGGAAUGUGAAGAACAGUAGCACUGUGAAAGGCAAUCCCAAGUUUGAGUAUAGAAAGCUUGAAUGGCAUUAUGUACUUGCAUCAUUGUGAAAGCAUUUUAAAGACCGAGAUCAACAUCUUUUGUU